GACUGCAGGAACACUGACAGGAGCAUUCUACAGGCUCAAUUCCUCUAACAGCACCACAGAAACUGGAUUUUGCAAAGUACACCCAGAAGCUUCUUUUUAUAAAUCAGUUCUGAGAACAUCUGAGAGACUUUAUCUUCAAUUGUGUUUACAAUUCCUUUAAAGAAGCAUGUGCACGGGAGGCUGUGCCAAGUGCCUGGGAAGCACUCUCAUCCCCCUGGCUGUGCUCUGCACCCUUGCUAACAUUUUGUUGUUUUUCCCUGGAGGAAAAGUUGAAGAGAGUGCACACAUUACAGAUGAAGUUUGGUACUUUGGAGGGAUCUUGGGAUCGGGUGUAUUGAUGAUCUUCCCUGCCUUGGUAUUUUUGGGCCUUCAGAAUAAUGAUUGCUGUGGAUGCUGUGGUAAUCGGAGCUGUGGAAAGAGGUUUGCGAUGUUUUCUUCUAUAAUAUUUGCUGCCGUUGGAGUUGUGGGAGCUGGAUACUGCUUUAUUUUGUCAGCAGUAGCCCUAAACAAAGGCCCUAAAUGUCAAAGUCAAGGAGUCUGGACCUACCCUUUUGAGGCUGGGGAUUACCUUGGUGACCACGAAUUGUGGAUAAAGUGUACAUCACCUGAUAACAUUGUCCCGUGGCACCUGACCCUCUUCUCCUUGCUGCUGGUGAUGAGUGGGAUCCAGGCAGUGCUCUGUGGCAUUCAGGUGGUGAAUGGCAUCUUUGGAACCAUCUGUGGCGACUGCAAAUGCUGCGGAUGUUGUGGGGGAGAAGGAACUGUCUAAUGAACAGGAAUAUUGCAGACAGCUCUCCUCAUCCUGAGAGAAUCCCUUCUGCAGCUACUCCACAAAGCAGCCCUCAGAUGCACUGGCUCUGGCUAAGAUGAGAAUGAAGGGCUCCUCCUCCCACCAGUGUUAUGAAGCCCUGACUCCCUUUCCAGCCUUCCUGAAAUCUCUCAUCAUGGAAUAAAAUAAGUGAAAUA